AUGUCCAAGAACAGAACCGGUCUGUACGCUGCUCUCGCCGCCGCCGGCGCUGGCGGUUACUACCUCUACCGUGCGGGCGGCAGCCCCCAAGGCGCGAAGCAGGAGAUGAAACAUGACGUCAACGUGGCCCGCAGCAAGACGCCCAGCACUACAUCUGCCGAACGGGCAGGUGAGAAGGUCGGCUCGGAGGCUGGAGCCCAUAUCGACGAGGCGGUCACCAAUGCGAGCACCAAGGCCAACGAGGCGAACCAGCAGGCCCGCGGCCUGGCACAGGAGAGCAUCCACAAGCUGGAUGAGGUGCGGCAGGACGCGUCCUCCAAGAUCAAGACCAAUGUCGACAAGAUGGAUCGGAAGGUCGAGGAGAAGGCGGCCGAGGCUAAGGGGUCGCUGUCGGGUUGGUUCGGUGGUGGCAAGUAA